AUAAGUUAAUAAAAUUCAAUCAAAAAAUGCUACCUUCUGGCUGCUGGGCUUGAAAAUUGAAAAAGGCCAAUUGAAUUAACAAUUUCUUCGGAUUACGGCCAGACAUUGAAAGGUAGUUCAUAGAGCGAGUGCGUCUGGCAUGGUUUCUGAGGAGAACUGGAACAGCGAUACCAUGUCCGACUCGGACAUGAUCGACUCAAAGAAUGAUGUGUGUGGCGGCGCCUCCAGCUCCAGCGGCAGCUCCAUAUCCCCACGCACACCACCCAACUGUGCGCGCUGUCGCAAUCACGGCCUAAAGAUCACCUUGAAGGGUCACAAACGGUACUGCAAGUACCGCUAUUGCACCUGCGAAAAGUGUCGCUUGACAGCGGACAGGCAGCGUGUAAUGGCGCUACAGACGGCGCUGCGUCGCGCCCAGGCGCAGGACGAGCAACGCUCGCUUCAUAUGCACGAGGUGCCGCCGCCGACGGGCUCCACAACGGCGCUGCUCAGUCAUCAUGGCCAUCAUCACCAUGUGCAUGCCGCCCACAGCCACGCCCAUGCGCAUCACGGUCACGGGCAUCACGGCCAUGUGCUGCACCACCAGCAGGCAGCAGCAGCAGCGGCCGCAGCUGCAGCGGCAGCGGCAGGAGCCGCACCACCGCCUCAGCCACAAUCGCAUCUGAGCAGUGGCCACAAUGGCACGGCGAGCACUCUGCAUGGCCACGCCCAUGCUCACUCACAUGUACAUCACGCCCACAUGGCAGCUGCAGCAUCAGUGGUGCAGCAACAGCAACAGCAGCAACAACACCAUCACCAACAGCACCACCAGCAGCAGCAGCAACCACAGCAACAACAGCAACAGCAGCAGCCACCCCAUCAGGCAGCGCUUCGAUCUCCCUCGCACAGCGAUCAUGGCGGCAGCGUGGGCGCAGCCACCAGCAGCUCCGGCGGCGGCGGUGGCGCCAGCUCCAGCAAUGUAGCAGCUGCUUCUAGCAGCGUCUCCGGCAGCGCAGCUGGCGCUGGCAGCAGCGGCGGCAUCAGCGUCAUCACCAGCGCCGAUCAUCACAUGUCGACGGUGCCAACGCCCGCUCAAUCGCUGGAGGGUUCCUGCGACUCCUCAUCGCCAUCGCCAUCGUCCACAUCAGGCAACGCCGUGCUGCCCAUCUCCGUAUCCAGCACACGCAAGAAUGUGCCACUCGGCCAGGAUGUUUUCCUAGACUAUUGUCAGAAGCUGUUAGAGAAGUUUCGUUAUCCGUGGGAGCUGAUGCCGCUCAUGUAUGUGAUAUUAAAGGAUGCUGGUGCAGAUAUCGAUGAGGCUUCACGUCGCAUCGAAGAGGGCCAAUAUGUUGUCAAUGAAUACUCCCGUCAAAACAAUUUAAAUAUUUAUGACGGGGGUGAGCUACGCUACACAACGCGGCAAUGUGGAUGAUAAUUGUUCUGUUAAUCCGUUUGAGUAUCAAAUUCAGAAUUAAAACUCUUUAAAGAAAUUACAUUUUAUCUAGUUAUAUAUAACUUUUAUUUCUCGUCGACUUCAACUUAAAGAAAAAGCCCAUUUAAUAUUUAGCUUAAAGCUUCAGCAAAACGCGCGCGAGUUGCAACAAAUUAAAAUAUUGGGCUUUAAAUUUAAACUAAAAAAGUAAUAUACACAAAAAAAUAAGAAUUGAAAAACCUCUGUAAAUAUAUUCGAAUUUAAUGUAAGCGAGCAACUUUUACUUGGAUAUUAAAAUCUUCAAUCAACAAACCAAAUACACAACUCUUCCAUCAACAUACCCUGGCAUUGAUGUCGCCACUUAAGCCACUCUUCAAUCAACACACCAUGGCAUUGAUUUCGCCACUUAAGCCACUCUUCAAUCAACAUACCCUGGCAGUGAUGUCAUUUAAGCCACUCUUCAAUCAACAUACCCCCUAUGGAUAUUGACGAUUAUGAUGUCCAGCUACUCUAACUACUCUACAAUCAACAAACCCAUCUACUCAACACGCAACGCAACUGCUUGUCAAAUCUGAAUGCCAAAAGCUCUUUCAACUAUCCUCAGAUCAACUCUAGUAAAAGUUUACCCGAACGGUUGUUUAGCUUUAGUUCAAAUAACUAAUAUAAAGAUUUCAUUUUAAGUUAGCUUAAGUUGAGCUGAGUUUGGGUGGACCAAACACCAUCAACAAAAUCAAAUAUUACAAAAUAAACAAAUUUCUCAAUUUGAUAGCACCAUAGUUAAGAUCCAAGCACAAAACUAGUUCGCUUUAUCAAAAAAGAAAAACUUUCAAAAUUAUUUCCUUUUCACUGCUCAUUUGGUCCAGCCUAACCCAAACUCGAGCACAUUUUAUUUCUUUAAGCUUCACUUUAGAUUUAAAAUUAAUUUUAAAUUAUUCAUUUUGUAAGUACUUUCUAUAUAAAAAUCACACCUAUCAGAUCUUUGCUAUACCUAAUUAAACAACUUAUAAAACUA